GCAACCCGGGAUUUGACAGCACAAGACAGCAAACAUGGCGCUUACCUGCUAGACCAACCAGGCAACAUCUUCCCCGCCUUGCUGUCAUCGUCAGCUGUCAGGAAGGAACCUGGCUGGGCGAGGAUUAAUGUUAAGUGACUGUGAUCAGCUGUUGGCCUUUUUUCACCUUGCCUCGUUUUUAUCGAGUUGCCCUGACUCGGAGAAAGUGGCUUAUUGUACGAAGUCAAGUGAAGCGACUCAACGGCGUUGAACCGCUGUUACGGACGCAGUUUGGACUUCCUGACAUCAAGCGAGAUGUUAAACAGGUAAACUCGAGCCCCUGUGUGAACCACCCUCUCGCUGGUCGAAUCCUGAUUCCCACCUGCUGGUGAUGUCAUCACCAGCAGAAAAGUCCUGCAGCACCCUGCCCUGUCCUGAGUCUGGACUUUCAGCCACAAUGGACUCUUUGUCCAUGUCUUCCCUCUUAUCUGGGGACGCAGACAAGAACGGAGUCCAGGGAAGUGAAGGAGGCGAGGACGAGGACGGUCUGGGAGACCUAGAAGUGAACCCUUAUGAUGGCCUGCCUUUUUCCUCACGCUACUACACCCUGCUGCAGGAGAGGCAACGACUUCCGAUAUGGGCGCUCAGGCAGAAUCUACUGGAGCACCUGGAGGGCCACAACAUGGUGCUGAUCAGUGCACCGAGUGGAGCUGGAAAAAGCACCCAGGUGCCACAGUGGUGUGUGGAGUAUGCUUUGUCCUAUGAGUUUUGUCAGGGCCAGGUGUGCUGUUCCCAGCCCCAUUCAGUGGCAGCGGUGAGUCUGGCUCUUCGUGUGGCGGAUGAGAUGGACCUCAGCCUGGGUCUGGAGGUGGGCUACAGGGUGGCUCAUGAUGACAGUUGUACACCCGACACCUUGCUCAGGUUUGUGAGUGACACGCUGCUGCUGGAGGAAAUGAUGUCAGACCCCUUGCUGCAUCAGUACGGUGUUGUCGUCGUGGAUGAGCUCCAGGAGCGCACGGUGGCAACUGAUGUGCUGCUCGGCCUGCUGUGUGACGUCUGCCGCCAGAGGCCAGACAACUUCCGUGUGGUUCUCCUCGCUCACCUGAGUCUUGCUCCUCGGCUCGCCUCCUUCUUGGGACCCUCCGUCCCUCUCCUGUCCGUGGACAGCCUCCUCUCCAAGCCCACUACAAAUGGGCAGGAAAAGCAAAGUGCGACUGAAGAGGAGAGGGACGUUACAAACCCGAAGAAAGUGGAGACGAUGUACAGAGAGCUUUCACCUGGGAAGGAACCUGUGACUGCUGCCUGUCACAUGGUUCUGGAUCUGCAUGGAAGAGGAGAGGAAGGAGAUAUGAUGGUGUUUCUUGCCAGUGCACAGGAAGUAGAGGAGUGUGUUGCCCAGCUGGAGGCAGAGGCCGUGGCUCUGAGUCCUCAUUUGGGUUCUCUCAAGAUUCUCCCCCUUCACGCCGGGCUGGGUGGGUUGACCCAAAGAGUGUACGAGUCCAACACCGAAGCGUCUAUAUCCAGGCAGAGUGACACCCCAGAAGAAACGGGCAGCUCGGCGAUGGGAGUAGAAGGUCCGAAGAGAAAAGUUAUCCUCACUGAUGCCCUGGCGGAAGCUUCUUUCUCCGUGCCAGGCAUCCGCUAUGUCAUAGACACAGGCCUUCAACUCAAAACUGUUUACAAUCCUCAGAUAAGGGCAAACUCACAGAUCUUGAGGACAAUCAGCAAAACACAGGCCGACAUGCGAGCUCAAAGAGUGAAUAGCCACCUACCUGGGCUGUGUGUGCACCUGUACCCCCAGUCUCUGUAUGACGAUGGAUUGGGGGCAGCUCAUUGUCCACGGGUCAUGGAGGAAAAUCUCAGCCACUUGGUCCUGUUGCUCAAGAGGCUGGACAUUGCUGACAUGGGACAAUGCAAGUUCUUGGACAGACCAGCCCCCGAGGCUUUAAUGCAGGCCUUGGAGGACCUGGACUACCUGGCAGCGCUGGAUGACGAUGGCAACCUAUCGGAAGUGGGCAUCAUCAUGUCAGAGCUGCCGCUGGAGCCGCAUUUGGCUAAAGCGCUGAUUGCCGCGUGCGAGUAUGACUGUGUUGAUGAGCUGCUCACAAUAGCUGCCAUGCUGACGGCUCCAUCCUGCUUCUUGACGGCAGAACCCAGCAGAGAAGAGGCUGCUGUUGCACAGUGGCGACCUCUAAUGCACAGCGACGGCGACCACAUGACUCUCAUCAACAUCUACAACGCUUACAUGGAACAUAAUCAGGAUGAGGCAUGGUGCACAACGCAUUUCUUGAGCCAUGCAGCCUUGCGCCUGGCUGUGGUGAUCAGGGCCGAGCUGCUGGAGGUCAUGCAGCGAAUAGAACUUCCCGUGUCGCCUCCUGCUUUUGGAUGCCAAGACAACUGCACAAAUAUCAAGAGGGCCCUCAUCUCAGGCUUCUUUCUCAAAGUGGCUCACGAUGUAGAUGGUUCCGGCAACUACCUCCUGCUAACUCACCGCCAUGUGGCUCAUCUGCACCCCCUCUCCUCCUACCUGUGCCGCCAGCCUCGUCCCAGCCACCCAUCUUGGGUGCUCUACCACCAGUUCACCAUCUCCUGUGACAACUGCAUCCGCAUCGCUUCUGAGGUCCACCCGCAAAUGUUGGUGGAGCUGGUGCCUCAGUACUUCCUGGGAAACCUGCCCUCCAGUGACGGCAAGGAGCUGCUGAUCAAGCUGAGGCAGAGUGUGGAGCCUUCCUCUCACAAGCAAGAUGGAGAACAUGACAAUUGCGGUCGGACGCACAGAGACACGGCCCCUGAUUGGACGGGAGAGACUCCUAAUCAGUCCAGUACUGAGCUCUGUGUUGUCCAGUGAACAUAAUGGACUAUGUGAUAUGCUUGAAAUGUACUUUUAUCCUUUGCUGGUAUUGGAAAACACUCAUCUAUUAUGUUUUUACUGUAAGGAGUAAGCUUUUGUCCGUAUUCUGGUGUACUGUUAACUUAUCCCUUAUCCCUAACGUUCUGUCAGUGAUUUUUCCAUGCUUUAUUUUAGUCUUUUUAUGUUUACAGUGGACUUUUUUUCCUUUUGAUUCAUUCUUAAGAAAAUAGUGACUUGUACUUGGCGGCACGAAGAUCAACGGUGAUGAUAUUUAAAUGAACGUAAAGAUAAUACACUACAGCAGGGGCGUCCAAAGUGCAGACCGUGGGUCAUUUGCAGACCGCAGCUCAUUUAUUGGCCCGCCGCAUUUUCUAAAAAUACAGGCACACUAAAUUACACUAAGUUGCACAUCAUGGAACGGGAAAAUGUUGACAUUUUUAUACUAAUAAUAUUGAUAUUAGUACUUUUAAUUUAUAAUCUAAUUUUAAAAAUGUUACAAAUAUGAAUAAUAGGCUUUGUUGCUGAUAAAAAAGCAGAGAUGCAGACUGUCCUAAAGCAUAUCUUUUCUUAACAAACCUGUGUUGGAUUGGCUUGAAGCCUGUUUGCAAAAUGAUAAUUUUUUUUUAAAGGUUUGGACAUUUUUGCACUACUUUGAACAAACAUGCUGCCAUUGUUGUACCUUCCACAUCUAUGCAAGAUUCAUAGAAAGUCAUCUUUUAACUUCUAUAGAAUGACUGUGGUGUGUGCUGAUGAUCCUUUCAAACAACUUCAGAUGAGGACAGAACAUCUUUUUGGUACUAUCAUUGUUUUUGGACAGUCGCCUGCCUUCCUUUUCAUCUCUUGUGGCUUUGUGGCAAUAAUGAAACACGUCUGCAUUCAAAAUCAACGAGAUGCAUCUGUAAGUACUGUGUCACGUGCAAAUAUGAAUUUCAAACCUCCCAA